ACAAUUGCUUGUAUGACGCAGCACUUCUUUUCAGAAUCUACUAGGCGAAAGGCAAUACGGACUGCUGUACCGAAGCCCCAUAUUGCCAUUCACUGCACUUUACCUGGGUUCCUUUAAAUCCCCUCAACCUGGCUGGAAAAUGCUGAAGUCACCGCAGAUCAUGUGAGUGGAAAGGGCGGAGCCUGGGGGGAAAGUGCCGAGAGGCUGUGGAUGUGAGAGACAGAGUCACCAUGGGGAGAUUGGUGGAUACAUCGUCCCGUCUGUGCCUAAGGAUUCUUGCUCUUCUCUUCUGGACUGCUGCAGGUUGCCUACUGUAUGCAGGUUAUUACAAUAUCAAAACCUACAAGAGCUACCAGUCCUUCUUUCAUGAUCGAUACAUCCUUAUACCUUCUGGCAUGGCUGUUACUGGAACAUUUUUCCUUGUAAUUAAUGGUUUGUUGGGGUGCUGCAUCUCAAAGAAAGGAUCGCGCUGCCAACAGGGAUGCUUCAUGUACUUCGUUGUGAUCGUGCUCUGCUUAGAGGCUUCUGCAGCGGUGCUGGCAUUUCUUUAUAUGGACAGGAUGGAUUUUGAACUGAAACCAAUGCUCGAGGCAUUUGAAAACUAUGAUGGAAGUAAAUCUGACGUGACUGUCAAUAAAAUUCAAAAAGAGCUGCGCUGCUGUGGCCUGCACAAUUACACUGACUGGGAAGCCACUUCAUGGUACAGGCAGAAUUUUACCAUACCGAAGACCUGUUGUAAUGAAACAUAUACAACAUGUUAUGGAAACACUACAGAGUCAAAAGCAUUUUAUCAAGAGGGUUGCUUUGAUAAGCUGCAUCAUCGGCUUAACUAUUUUAUGACUUGGCUGUUUUGGUCAUGUAUUGCUGUAUUAAUUGCACAGGUACUGGCAGCUAUUGGUGACGGGUUACUGAUGACUAGGAAUCCAUUCCAAGAUUUUCGAAUUCUUGAUUCCGCAACUUUUACCUAAUACUGAAACAUGGUCAUUUUUUCUGUUUCUGUCUCUUAAGUUUGUUAAAUAUAUUUUAUUUAAUUAA